AACCGCUCCGGCCGAAUGGCGGUCGGCGGCGACGGCGACGACGACAUGGAGAGGGACUUCGCCGCCAGGCUCCGUCUCGCGCCCUCCCCCUCCUCUGCCCAGGCCUCCCCUACGGCGGCCGCGGCUGCUGCCGGCGGCGGAGGGAUCGCAUUCCGCGCGCCGCAGGAGCAGUUCACCGUCGACGACUUCGACAUCGGCAAGAUCUACGGCGUCGGCUCCUACUCCAAGGUGGUGAGGGCCAAGAAGAAGGACACGGGCAACGUCUACGCGCUCAAGAUCAUGGACAAGAAGUUCAUCACCAAGGAGAACAAGAUCUCCUACGUUAAGAUGGAGCGCAUCGUGCUCGACCAGCUCGACCACCCGGGCGUCAUCAAACUCUUCUUCACCUUCCAGGACACCUACUCCCUCUACAUGGCACUGGAGUCGUGCGAAGGCGGGGAGUUGUUCGACCAGAUCGUCAGGAAAGGCCGCCUGCCCGAGGACGACGCACGGUUCUACGCUGCUGAAAUUGUUGAUAUCCUCGAGUAUUUGCAUAGCCUAGGCCUAAUACAUCGGGAUGUGAAGCCUGAAAAUUUACUGCUUACUUCCGACGGGCACACCAAGAUUGCUGAUUUUGGUAGCGUGAAGCCUACUAUGGACACUCCAAUCAAAGUCCUCCCAAAUUCAACUAAUGAGAGGGCCUGCACAUUUGUUGGAACUGCUGCAUAUGUACCACCAGAGGUCCUCAACUCUGCCCCAGCAACUUUUGGAAAUGACUUGUGGGCAUUAGGGUGCACGUUGUUUCAAAUGCUCUCUGGCUCUUCACCAUUUAAGGAUGCCAGUGAGUGGUUGAUUUUCCAGAGAAUUAUAGCAAGGGAUCUCAGAAUUCCUGAGUAUUUCUCGGAUGAAGCAAGAGAUCUAAUUGACAAGUUGCUGGAUGUUGAUCCAACCAAACGGCCAGGUGCAGGACCUGAUGGUUAUGCGUCCUUAAAGAAGCAUCCUUUCUUCAGAGGCAUUGACUGGAAAAAUAUAAGGAAGACACGUGCACCAAAUCUUGCCGCAGAAGCAAAUGCAAAUGAGGAUGAGGAUACCCAGGAUUCAGAUUGGUUGUCGCACAUGGGAAGUGCACCAGGCAACCAACAUGUCCCAGUUGGAAAUAAUGGUGCUGCGUCAUCUUCUGAAGUACGGUCCCAUGUAUCUAAGUUAGCUUCUAUCGACUCCUUCGACUCUAGAUGGCAGGAUUUCCUGGAGCCUGGUGAGUCUGUAGUCUUGAUAUCGAAGCUGAAGAAGAUUAAUAAGCUAUCAAAUAAGAAGGUCCAGCUGAUCCUUACCAACAAGCCUCAGUUGAUUUUGAUUGACCCUGCAAAAAUGGUGACCAAGGGAAAUAUUAGUUGGUCUGAUGAUUCAAGUGAACUCAACGUGCAAGUAUCAAACUCUUCGCAUUUUAGGAUAUGCACGCCAAAGAAGGUGUUCGUAUUCGAGGAUGCAAAACAGCGUGCCUGGCAAUGGAAGAAUGCAAUUGAAGACCUCCAACACUGCCAAAAGAACUGAUUUUCAAUUCAAAUCAAGAUGCCACCUUUUUCUGCUUCUGGCUUCCUACUGGGCCUGAUUAGGAAGUCACGAUUAUUGGCCUGUUGAUCAAUGUCCCCUCAAUUUCUCUAAAUGAUUUUAUUUGUUGUCUUUGUGAAUUGCUAAAGCAGAUAGCAUCCGAGUGAUGGAAAUGUUUUUACCCCGGAACAAUUAACACAGGAAGUUACUUCAUUAGAUGACCGAUUUGUACUGUUGUUUCACUGAACCAUCUUAACAAAGUUGUUAUAGCUUAUUCUUAAGCAGCCUGAAAUGGUCUUUGUGUUGUUGCA